UUCCCUCCUUCAGAGAGGAAAAAAAAAAAUUUAAAAAAAAAUUCCACGGCCAACCCCCCACCCCUGUUGGAGUCCAGGGGAUCCCUCUGACAGCCCUGGAGAGUCAGGGGGCUGUACAGGGGGGUCUGGGAUCUGUACAAGGGGGUCAGCCAGCCUCCCACAGAGCCCAGAAGGACUCUGAUUCUGGCUCCUAUCCAUGGAAGUGAAUGCUCACAUGAAGGAAGAAUCACAGAUCCUAAGAAUUUAGAAGUAGAUAGUAGUUUGUUAUAGAGUAUACAUGUAGAGAUUAGGAUUCAUAGUAUACGGGGCUGAGAGGACAAGAUGGAGGAAUUGGGGAGUGGCCCCUAGUUUCCUUGUUCUUGUUCUCAUCCCCCAUCUUUUGCUGAUUUGGACUUUAGAGAUUGGUUUAGAAUAGAACUGACAUGUUAGCGUAGCAAGUUAGUAUUGGUAAUGUUCUGUAAACAAUAAAUACGUCUUGGACUGUGGUUGGGUCGGGGGUACGGUACAUAAGGUACGGGGCUCUCUGAUCCGGGCAGUCCAGCGGCAGCCCAGCGCCAGUCCAACGGCGUGUCUUGCUUUGCUGGGGACGCCUUGCAAAGCCGAACAAGAACAGUUAGAUAAUAUGAAAUAAACAACCUUGAUAACUUCAGCUGCUGGACCCACAGUGUCGUCUCUGCCUUCGGUGUGAAACGCUCAGGGCAAAGAGAAGACAGAAAACCUUAUUAUCUUGGGGAACAGCAACCCCAGGGAAAUACCCAGGGAACAGCAACCCUGGGGGAAGAUUUCACCACCUCGGGGAACGGCCACCCCGAGGAGAAUCUCGGGGAACAUCAACCCGGAGACACCCCGAGCCUGAGCCCGCGCCCAGCCCGAGCCCGGCGGGAGCUCAGGCCGAGCCCAACGCGAGCCCAGCCCAGCCCAGCCCCAGCCCACCCCGCCCGCCGCCGCAGCCAUGGAGGACCCCGAGCCCGCGGGCGCUUCAGCAGCGCCCGGGCUGAGCUCGCUGCUCCCCCCACGCGAGUUCCUGCGCUCCCGCAAGGGGCAGCUGCUGCUCUCUGAGUCGGUGCUGUCAUUUAUCAUCUUUAUCUGCUAUAUUGCAUCUCUAGCAGCUUCUUUCAUGAUGGCACCACUCCUAGAGUUUCUGCUGGCACUGUUUCUUCUUUUUGCCUACGCCUCCAAGCUUAAUGAGAAGUUUAAAGGAGUCCACUGGCCUUUGGCGGAUUUCUUGCGCUGUGUCACCGCUGCCAUUAUUUACUUUGCCAUUUCAAUUGCUGCUGUCUCAAAAUACAACGAUGGAGCAUCUAAAGCAGCAGGGGUGUUUGGGUUUGUAGCCACCAUCGUGUUUGCCAUUGAUUUCUACAUAACCUUCAAUGACCUGGUCACUUUUCUCAAGCAAGGCAGCUCCAAUUCCCUCGAGGGCCGCAAGACAGAAGAUGAGGACUCCGACUCUGACUCAGACUGAAGAACCAAGCAUGAAGGGAAGAUGAUCAAGCACUUUCCUCUUUGCUGAAUGCACUGCCAAUUGAGAUAUCUCCUCUUUUCAGCCCCUUUCCACCUCACUGUUUAUGGAAUCACCAGAGCACAUACAGGGCAGUGAUGUGGAAAAGGAGACAUUAAUCACUCCUUGACAACUACAGAUCCAACAGUGGUUCUGUGCAAGCAACACAGCUCGAUUCUCUGCUGCCCCUCCCCACUCAGCACAUCCAUGUCCUGAGGAAAUAGGAAGAGCAUUUUUAACAUUUACAGCUUUUAAUGUGCUUUCAUAAUUCCAAACCUUUAACAUUCAGAGCUUUUAUACUUCUUGAUGUGCCAAAGAAGAGAGGUUUGGAUGCAUCUGUUUGUAUUUUUCUUCAUUAACUAACAGUAUUUCUUUAUCCAAAGUCUGAGUACUCACAAGCACUGAAGGCAGGGAUCACAGUUAACACAUUGGUUUCCCUACCUUUGUAUCUCCUGUCUGUCUGUGACAAGGAAAAGUGAUAACUGGAAAUCUGCAGCAAGAGCAAACCUGCAAGUAUAAUGGUGCUGCAGAGCAGCUGGCUCGUCAAACAUUCAGUAUCCCUUGUUUUAAGCUGCUUGGUUGGAGUCACAUCCCCUCUGCUGCAAUUUCACCACAGGGUGGGCUGGAACAGGUGUGGCAGCUCUGGGCAGCCCUGCCCUGUUUCUGUGGAAGCCACUGUGAGUGUUUGCAUAGCCAGGGAAAGCAGGCUUGGAAAACAGCUCCCCACAGGAGCUGCCUGGGGAUCCUGCAGGUGUUUGUGCCCCAGGCAGCAGUGCCUGAUGUCUGCUCUGUGUUGAGGCCACUGGGGCUGCCCUGACACCAGCACCAGACUGGUGCCACUGGACACUGGUGCUGCCACACUGAGGGUGCACAGGCCCCAGGAGGCCAGGAGUGCCUCCUCCCCACUGGGGAAAGGCCAAGAAACCAACCCCAAACUACAGAAUGUCUGCCAUGAAUUCAUCUCCCCAGCCCCUUUUUUCAGUGUGGGUGGGGUGGGUUGGUUUUUCACCCCUGGAAGAAUGUGAUUUAUCUUGUGGUGUUGUAUUCCGGGGAAAAGCCCUCAGAAUUUACAAGCUGUUCUCACAGGUAGCACAACCUGCAAUAUCUGUGUCCAUUUAUAAACACUUGGGAAUGCUUGGGAAGAGCAUGGCAUACUCCUCACAGAUGGCAUCAGACAGGUCUGUGGCAAAGACACCUGCAUGGAUUUUUCAAAAAUGAAUACAGUAUCAGAACAGGUGUGAUUAAAAGGCGAGCAGAUGGUACUAACAGAGUAAGUGAAAAACAGGGAUAAAACAAUAAAGGCAGAUUUCCUUUGGAAUAAAAUCAGCACCUGGGUUCCAGUUCCCUGUGGCAGCUGCCAGCUGGACAGGGGAGCUGGCAGGGAGCAGGGGGUGCUGCUCAGGCUCAGAGCUGGCAGGCAGGCAGCUCCUACACCUCCUGCUUCCUGACCACUGAGAGAGUAAAUGCAAAACAAGUGGUUGCAUCUAAAUGUGACAGAUAAUCUUUGAUUUAUAAGAAAGAUCUCUUUGGACCUUUCCCUGUACAAACUCCCAUGUUUCUUUCCCUUGUCAUAUUUUACUGGCACACACUGUGAUGUUCAGGGGACCUGGGCUCAUUUUUGUACUCAUUUUGUAUUUCCCUUUAAGUAAAAAAUGUACUGCAUGUCACAGCUGGAGACAUGGUUAAUAUUUAGAAACCAUGCUGGAUUAAACCUCUUUUAAUAGAAGUGUUGGGUGUCUUUACUUAUUUGAAGACUUGAUUUUGCUGCUUUGCCUCUGCCCAGCACAAGGGACAGUGACUUAAGGAAUCCUAAAUCUGUGCUGGGGAGAGGACACAGCUCAGAGCCAGCCCUGGGGACCAGCCACAGGACAAACCUCUUCCUUAGAGCACAAGACGAAAAAAUUUAACCAAGAAUUAGUUCUAAAUAUUGAGUAGACAUUGGGGAUGCAGUGCUCCCUCUUGGCAACCAAUAAUCCUGUGAACAACAAAGUCCCCUUGGGGUUCACGCUUCACACACCCAAAAUAAUACAGGGGUUUUCUGGUCAUUUUUUCCAUGUUGGAUUAAAAGAAACAGGCAGCAAACAAAAUGUUCCUUAGUUGCCUCAGGACUGCUUUAGCAGCUUGCAGUGAGGUGCCUGCCCAGAGAAUUUCAUUACUGGCUUUUGAGUACUUGAUGACUUCGUUUAUUUCAAAGCAGUUUGCUCCCAGGAUCAAGGACUUCUGUAAGAUCCCAGCCUUCUAUUAAAAAAGAUCUGUUCCCAUUACUGAAACAAAACAUGGCUCUGUAUUUUAGGAUUAUAAUUUCAGAAAAUUAGAUUUAAAAUAAUUACUUCAAAGCCAGUUUGGAUUGGGGUGGAAGGAGCUGACUCUGGGGUCUUCUGCCCAUAUUCUGCCACAAAUACUGCACCAAGCUCAGGGUCUGGGGCACGUGGAGGAAAAGUCAAAGUCAGCUUGGCUUUUUGGGUUUUUUAUUUGUUUGCUUGUUUUUCCUCAACUGACAACAUCAAAAGGGUGCUGGGAGCGCUGGUUUCUCUGCAGUUCAGGUUUCAGGAGACAAACACAACACAUCACCUGCAGUGUAGAGCCCUUAGUUAAGUCCUGAUUUCAGUGGCCUUGUCAGACACCUCUUUCCAAUCACAACCACUCGUGUCCUGUGGAGGAGCUGCUUCCGAAGCCCCCAGAGCCCAAUCCCUGCCCUCACUGCAGCUCCUGCACAGCCACGGCCACCUGGAUUCCUGGGCCUGCCUGAGAAGGAGUUUCCAAACCCAAGUGUGGACAAAUCUGUGUAGAAACAAUGCCAGAAGUUCCAUGACCUCGAAGCCACUGACAGGAAGGGAAAGUGGCACCUCAGGUGAGUUCACACAGCUCUCACCUGCCUGAAGGGCUCUCCCUCCUACCAAGCUUUUACAUUUAUCUGUGGACUUGUUCAGACUUGUGCAGUGAUUUUUGGACAAGUGACGUUAAGGAAUUCAAAAGACCUUUCCAAGGAAUUCAAAUACCUUUCCAAGCAGCUUUUUUAGAUUCUGACUGAAGUAAGAGGCUCUCUUGUCCUUUGAACACUCUGUCCAUUACUCCACCUAACUGUGAUUUUCACUUGAUGCUGAAGUUCCUCAAGGCUUCAAUUUGCAUCUGACAGUCACUCCCAGGACACCAAGGAAGAGCAGAGCAUCCCAGCUGCUGUGGUGGUGGAGAACAGCCUGGUGGGCUGGAAAGCAGAACUCAGCUGGAUGCCCUGUUCAGCAAGCCCCUGGCUCCACUCAUGGUCCUUCUGCUGAGGAUGUUCCCUGGGCACAGCUCUGAUCAGAAACAAUAUCAGUGCAUGGCUGCACUCCGGGUUUGCACCAGGGUACAAAGGGCAAAUGCCACACGGGGCAGCACGUGCACAGCACCUGGCCACCCUUUAAUCCUCUGAGAGAGAAUGCAUCAAAGAAGCAGAAGAAAUUUAGGUAAGCACUGAAAAUGUGAAUCUUGUUACAAGAUGCUUGAGACACCUUUUUGCAUGGAAUAUUGGCUUAAAAGUCAGGAUCUUUAAAAAGUCAUGAAUAAAUAAACAGGAAUGCAUCAAAAAAUCCACAGAGAACACAGAUAGUCACCUAGGACAUUCCUUUCCUGGAAGAAUUCAGUGUUCAGUGUUUUGUAAACCUUCCAGGUCAGAAAGUAAAGUAGUGCUACCCAGAAAAUUCAAGUGUGGUUUUGUUUGGGGCUUUGGAGAGAAGUUUGGGUAGAGGUUUUUUGGUUUGGGGUUGUUGUUAGGGAUUUUUUUUUUUUUUUGGUUGGUUGAUUUCUUUGUUUGGUUUGGUUUUUUGUUGCUAUUGCUUUUGUGGGGGUUUUUUGGUUGGUUUUAGUUGAUUUUUAAAAUAAGUCAAUUUUAAAAUCUAUUUCCAUGAAAAUACUGAUUCCAACAUUAAUUUUCGCCAGGAAAUACUUGUCCUUUUCUUUUAUGGAUUUUGGACACAGCCCAUCACAUUUUCGUAGACUGAUCCAUGAAUAAAUUAAUUACAGUCCUUCUGGAAGAAAAGAUACCCAGUAUCUAAAAGUUACACUUUUUUUUUUUUUUUUUUUUUUUAAUUUGACAGCUGCUGAAGCUUCUCCUGACCCAGGAGCACCUGGGUAAUGCCACAGUGCUGCUGACAGCCCCACACAGGCAAAAUGAACCGGCCUCGUGUAAGAGCCUCUGGCUCCCUCAGGGCAUCCUUCCUUUGUGCCACCUCCUCACACGCCCCUGAUCCCUCCCCAGUGUUCUGAGGGCAGCAUCCACAUUCCCAAAUCUCUUCAAACUCACCCAUCCCUCUGUGCCCUUCCACAGUUCUCACCUGUAUUGAUUCAGUGCUUCCACCUCCUGCCCAAAGCACCUGGAAACCAAAAAUCCCACCAGCAUCGCUUACAACCUCCAGCUCAUGAGGCAGCAGAGAAAUGCCCCAAAUCCCGGGGCAUUUCAGCCCCAAAUCCCUUUCCAGUCCCAAAUGGGCAGGUGCAGCACCCAGGAUGGAGCCCUGCAGCCCACGGCAGUGCCCCGGAACCACUCACAUGCAGGUGAGCAGCAGAGCAGUUCCACCUCCCUCUGCUCCGCUGCCCUCUCCCCAAGGCCUCUCCCUUGGCUGGCCCCUGCCCCAGGAGUGUCCCAGGGGCAGCCCCAGCCAGGGCUGCCCUGCUGGGUGUUUCACCCACGCUGUACCACACACAAAGGGCAUUUUACAGCUGCCUGACCAAGUUAUGAACCCGGGAACGCCCCCAGAACUGCACUGAGGGGUUCUGCUGCCUCUGGGGGUGGUUUCACCCCAGCAGCCCCCAGCCCCACACAGGAUUUACUCUCUCAGUGAGACGAGGCAGAGAAUGGGGAGGUGAAAAGUGAGAAAACUCCUGUGUUGAGAUAAAGACAAUUUAUCAGGGAAAGCAAAAGCAGUGCACACAAGCAAAGCAAAAGAAGGGAUUGGUUCCCCUGGGCAGGCAGGUGUUCAGCACCUCCAGAAGAGCAGGGCCACAUCCCCUGGAAGGGUGGCUUGGGAAGACAAACACCAUCACUCCAAACAUGUCCCUUCCUCCUUCUUCCCCCUUCACACACUGAUGCCACAAGGUGUGGGAUACCCCUGUGGUCAGGUGGGGUCACCUGUCCUGGCUGUCUCCCCCCAACCUCCCAGGCACCCCCAGCCCCUCCCCAGCAUGGCUGCACAAGGGGCAAGAAAGGCCUUGGCUCUGGGUGAGCUCAACAAGAACAAAAACAUCUCUGAAUUAUCAACACCCAUCCAAAACAGCCCCACACCAGCCACUGGGAAGAAAAUUACCCCUCCCCAGACCACGUUUACAGAUAAGAUUUACAUGUUUACACUGUUUUAGUACUUUAAUAUGUCCAUUUAUUAAACAGGAAGUCCUUCACAAAUGAUUCUGUACUAUAUUGAUUGGACUAAGUGUUAGAAAACUACCAUUUCUCCUACAUACAAAAAUACAGACUUUUACCACUAUGAAGAAUGAUCAGAAGAGUACCGUGGAAACCCAGAGAGCUCAAAUCUUCCAAUACCAGAAAGAAAAGACAGAAAGACAACUAAAUUAAAAAAAAUUACAAAAAGUAUUGUGCCCAUAUACAAAAGACUGGAAAAGCAAAAUGACAUUUAAAACUGAUAAAUACACCACUUAAAUUACGCUGCAACAGCAUGGAUUUUAAAACCAAGAUCGCUUUGUGUAUUGCAAGACUUUACAAUUCUUCAGCUUGUGUUUUUUGAUUAGGACAGACACCAACAGAAGGAACACAACUGAAAGAUGGUUACUGGUGUGGAAACAAGCUGGAGGUUGUGUUUUUUUGUGGAGUACCUUGGCUUUGAGCUUGGUCAAGCAUUCCCAGGACACCUUUCCCACCCAGAGCUGGCAGCUGCUGCUGUGCCAGCAGUGAGUUCCAGCUGUGGGCACGGCAGGAAGGGGCUCCCAGCUGGAGGCAGUGCCUUGGAGCAGCUGCUGCAGCACCAGGCUCGGGCUCUGCUGGAAUGCCGGAGCCCAGUGGACAGUGGGAGAUCCUCCAGGGCUGUGAACAGUCUCCAGGGGAAUGUGCUGCCUGCUGGAACCCUCCAGUCCUGCAGCAGGGUCUGGUGCUCAGGACAGCCCUGGCCUGCCGCCCCUGGGGCGAGGGGCACCGCCCAGGGCAGGGCAGGACAAGAGCCGGGAGCUGCCCUCGCACCACACCAAGAGAUGCACUGAGGGCUCUCCAGGACGGGACAUUGCAGGUUUUAUUCCAAAAGCAAAGUACCAAGGGUAUUGCAUGGCAGACUUGUGCUCAUGAUGAAAGGAGAAUUGCAUCCCCUUUGCUCAGCCUGAAUGGAAUUCUAACCUGGUAUUUCCAUAAUACCUCUGAGCUGUUUGCAAUUACAAACCUGUCAGUACAGCACCUGUAACACAGAGGGAUAAAGUCUUUUGGUCAGGCAUGGAUGCUCCCUCCUCAGAAGCUGUAAGUCAUGAAUUAUGAGCUAGAGUUGGAAUGUUUGGAUUGGGCUGCAGAGUCUGUCUAGAGGAGCCAGAGCAGCCCUGAGAACACAGACCCCACACUGAGCACCCUCCACAGGGCCCGAGGAAGGGAAUCCGGAGCACCAGAGAUGUGCUCGGGGGCAGCCAAGGGCAGAGCAAAGGAGAGGCAACCCAGAUUCCCAGGGGUCACACUCAGUGCACACACGGAGGGAAGGCAGUGACCACGGCAGCCAUAAACCUGGAGUUGGUGGGAACAAAGCACAACGAGGCCAGAGCUCCGUUAGUGACUCACGUUACAAAAACAGUGUUUACUGCAUUAAUAAAUUUACAUCUCUAUUCCUGUGAAUGACAAGUGUCUGUACCACACAUGGAAGGCACCCUAGGUGAAGCAGUUUUUCGGUAUUUGUUUACAAUUCUGUGAAAAGACAGAGUGUCGAUUUCCAAAUCAAAUUCGAGCAUUAUAAUGAGAAAUAAAUACAUACUUUACUAUUUUAUUGUGGGUUCCUGAACCCUUACAAACUUCAACAUAUACAAAUAGUUUCAAAAUGACACUAACACAGAAGAGAGUAAGUCUAGACAGAUAUAAUGAUCAGCAAAGUCAUUUGUCCUAUUGUGUCAUAAAUGUUGUGUCUAAAGUACAGAAAUCAUUUCAAAAUGCAAUAAAUUUGCCACAAUAUAUAAUUCAAAAUAUUUUCUUACUCCAGGACUGUGCUGUAUGAGUUAAAGCUGGAUGAGCUGUAGUGCUGAGACACUCUCC